AGUCGGGUCGGUCGGCAGUGUGCGCCGCUGCGUGGCUGAGAGAGGUGGUGUGAAGGGGGCGGCCCGGCGCCAGCGCACGAGAUACGCUCUGCAUAGCUCCGAGGAACAGACCGCUGAGGACCGCCGCUCGGCCGGUGAUGCCUGCGGCCGCCGUCUGACGUCAUGUCCACGCAGCUGGCGCCGGCGGCGGCGACCCUGCCGAGACAGGAGCGCGCCGCCGCGCUGCAUCGAACCCGACGCGGCCGCUCUGUCGACGCGCCGGAGCCGACGCUGGUGCGCCGCGAACAGCCGCCCGCCAGCGCCGACGAGCUCGAGCGACAGGCACAGCAGAUCAUCCGAGAGUUGGACUCAGUGCGGUGUGACGUGCGCACGACGCCCUAUCCGGUCAACAACGGGCUGAGGAAGGAACCUGUGCGACGUACCGUCUCCGGGCAGAGCACCGGAUCAGGGUUCAGCUCUCUGGACCGAGUGGCGCUGAAGGCGCUCAAGAACAACAAGAACGGAGUGAAGUCGCGGAGUACUAACACCCUGCCGACGGCGCCGCAGAAGGCGAAGGUGGUUGACUCGGAUCAUGUGAAGAACAACCUCAUCAAGGCGGAGAGUCUGAAGCGGGGCAAGGCUGGACAGUUCGCUAGUAAGAAGGUAGGAGACUUGGCGAAACCUAUUGGUGGUUCGACGCAGCAUCUCAACAACGUGAACCUGCUCAAGGACGAGGCGAUGGGCGGACGUCACCGGCGUGGGUCAGAAUCCGGCCUCGUGAACGGCAUCCACCACCACGGCAACAAGGUGUUCAGCAAGCACUUCGACGAUGAGGACAUCGAUCCACCUCGCACCCUGCACCACCCGAUAAAGCGGCUGUCGUCUUCAGACAGGGACUCCUACCCUCGCGUGGUCGACUCAUCCAGUCAAACCCCCUCCGGUUUCAGCCCAGUUCCCGGCGGAGGUGAUGUCAUCUACACGCAGGUGAUCACCGGGCCGGAGCGGGCUCGCCCGGAGGUGCCUCCUCGGCCCGAGCGGCAGCCCGUCGAGCCGUACCGACCGCGCGGAUUCAGCUAUAUCGGCCGUCGCGACGCCGAUCUCAUCGAGAGAGCUCAGACUGUCGAGGACCGCAGUCGCUACAUUAUCGAGAAGAUCGCUCGCCAGCGCUCCCGCUCACCGGCCUACAAGUCGGGCUGGACGUCGCAGCGCGUGUCGGGGUCCAUGUCACCGCCGCCGCCGGUCCUGCCGCCCGGAGAGACCGGAGAGGUGCGACGGGGUCGCUAUGGCUCCAGCAUCGUCCAGAUCGGCGGUGAGGAAGCGCCUCCGCCGCGACCGCCCCCGCCCGUCGAGCCGCCGCACUACACAACACCUCGCAACAGUAGCAGCGGCGGCAGCGGUGGCAGUGGAGGACAGCAGCACUACAGCGUGCCGAGGAAGUUCUCCAGUAACGUGAUUCGGCUCUCGGUGAGCGGCAGCCACACGUCUAGUGGGGACGGCUCGCCCACCGAGCGGCGCCGUAGUCAGAGCCACGAGGCUACCCCUCCACCGGCGCUGCACGCUCCCCGCAGCAGGAGCAGCUCCCCAGAGCGGUACUUCUACGGCGAGCGCCGGCCCGCGGAGCCGAGACCGGUCACACGUGUCACUGAGAAGCGCCAAGCUCCACGCCGACCCUCUCGCGAGCCUUCAGCCGAGCGGCACCGCCAGCAUAACAGCCAGAUCUCGCGCAAGGUCAACGGUCAUGUGACCCGAGAGGUCAGCGGAGGUCGUGACGGCGCUCGGCCCGGGGACGCGACCACCCUGGAGAGACAGCGGAGGCGAGAACAACGCGCCGAGAGAGGCGGCGAUCGCUCCGACCGCGAGCGCUCCUCAGAAUCACCUAACCGCCAGGGAGACAACAAGAAACGAAUCAAGAUUAAAUUCAUCUACGAUGCUACUCGGGAUGAACCCUCGGACGCGCGUCUGGCCCGAUACACUGAGUACCGCGGCAGCGACGAGGCCGACUCGGCGAGCCCGACGCCGGACACCCGGAGUCGUCACGAUGUUGUUCAGAUCGCCAUCCAGGACGGCCACCGGCUGAAGCAGGAGAAGAUGCUGCGGCAGCGGGACAAGUUCCUGGCCCACUUCUUGGAGAGCGGCAGGCCAGAGCCGUCCGAGCGGCGAGACGGUCGCCGGAUAUCUCCGCCACAUCAGAGCUACGAUAAGGACCUGCACGGCGUGUGGUCUUCGCUCGACGAAGAAGACCAGAUCAUUGCCAGGCAGCAGCGAUCCGAAAAGAACGUGAAACGAGGCGGCGCCAAGCUGAAUAACCACCUCCUCAAUGGAAGGGAUCGGCAGCGCAGCUCGCUUUCGAGCGAGGACGACCGAGUGCGGCAUUCCUCUCGCGAGGACGACCGAGUUCGCCACUCCUCCCGGGAACGUUCGACUUCCCCGGAGCGUGUCGAAAAGCCCAAGAAGCGCGGCUGGCUCUCUUCGACCCUCAGCCGUCUGGACUUCAAGUCGCGGCGUCACCCAGAGGCACGGCGCACCGCUAGCACGGAGAGUGGAGGAAGCUCCACCCGGCCUGUGGCUCGCGCUCCCAGUCAGCCGGGUCCGCGGCCUCCUCUGCGCCGUCAGGCUCGCUCAGCCAGCCGAGACAGCCGCUCCGGCAGCCGUGAGCCCGCUCCAAGAGAGUCAGUGGCCAGGGAGGUGCCGCGGAGACCCCCGGGACGUACCCCGAGCUUCUCCCAGCGGUACUUUGGAGAGAGCGACGGUACAUCGGGGGGUGAGGGAGGUCGCCGGCCGGUGCGACGGCCCAGCGGCGGCGGAUCGACGGCUGCCGCUCACAGUCUGCCUUCCUCUGCCAACAGCAGCGACGGCCCGGUGGCGAGUCGAGUGAGCGCCGGUUCAGGCCGCUCCGUGUUCCUGCAUGCCACCACCGUGGCUGACAUCCCACCGCCAUCGGCACUGGAGCAGACCGCCGCCACCGGCAGCCGUGCCAACCUGGCCGCGCCGCUGCCGGCCCGCGAGCGCCGCAAAGUCGCCAGGUCCUUCUCUCUGGUGGCGCCCUUCAGACCCAAGAACACGCGAGAGAAGGAGAUCGUCUAUGAGAACCAGACCGGCCAGGCUAACGGGAGACCGCCUCGGCCGCCACAGCGCGUCCGGCGGGACUCCCGUGACUCUCAGCUGGACGAGCCGCAUGGGCGACCGGUCAGGAAGCGGCAGCCGGUAACACGCUCUGUCAGCAUGCCGAAGGACGCGCGACCAGCCGGGUUCUUCCGAUCCAGAGAGAAGACACCGCGGUAGCCAGCGCCAGCGAAACGGAUAUCUCCCAGUCUCCUUUGAAGCCGGUCAGACGAGCUCGGGACGUCACCAUUCGUCGGUUUCUGCUGUCGUCUGUGUACAACGACAGCCAUGAGCCAUCACCCACGGACCAGCGAGAUGCUCAUUAACUUCGUCCACCGUUUGAGAGCGCCCUAAUCGGUGUCUGGUGUCCCCGUGCCCGUCGUCGCUCGUGCCAUUGUUACUGCUCAUUCUGUUCUGCGGGUCCAGUACAGACGUCUGAUGGUUUACGUCCGAUUACGCCUGAUGAUUUGCCGUGUACCCCGUGCUAGGGUCAUAUCUGUUGUAUCAUCAGUCUACAAACUUCCUUGGGCCCGCCUUCUCGUGUCGGGACUAUAUCACCGACCAGCGAAUCACCGGUGAUUAUCGACAAUCGCACGGUCAUUAGAUCCUCCCUGGUCGUGCCGGCAGUGGUCUGACCUCGCGUGACCCGCAGUGACCCGCAGUGACCCAGUGUGACCUAAUGUCGGGACGAGGAGGGAGCUGCGACCCGUCUCCACCACUUUCACUAAUCGAAGUCAGCUGGGACGCCGGAUGAGAGCAAACUAGCGUGGCCUUAGGCGACGUUAGGCGACCCCUCGCCCCAGCAGGUCAACUCAAAACAUUGGAAAUGUUCGGCACUCACGUGAUCAGGCAAGCGUCGUGGAUUCGAAGCGUGGUAACUGGCUGCGCCGGUCAUGAGAAGAAGACAAUUACAGUCCAAACCAAUGAAUUGAGUGAGACAACCCAUAGGCUAAGGGAUGGAUCACGUGACCUGUUGCGAAGUUCGCGGGCGAAUCCGACUGGUGCUCAGAAUGAUUGCGUGAGAGGCCGUUGGUUCUUCGGUCCCUGGGGAGUGUCGCGGGCCCAGACAGCCUCAUAUGGAUCCGUACGGUUAGCAAAUGUAUAAUGAUUGUGUAACAAGCGUGUGUUGGCCGUUUAAUAUUGGUGAAAGAAUGUGUGAUAUUAACGUGGCCUGCGCCUCGGAGUGGCCAUACGAGCCACGAGAAAGUACGCAUGCCAUUAUUGUGUCCGAGUUAUCUCUAAUCGUGAUGUAUAUGAGAAUCUGUUGUAAGCAGCUGUUAUGGAGAAUACAGCCUACCACUAACGCGAA